UCUUCUUCCAAGGUGGUAUCAAUAAAGUUGUGUGUCGACACCGGGUUUGCAGAAAAUAGGAUAGGACAGGAAGUUAACAUUGGGGAUAGUUAAUAUUAGUGUCAGUUCUUAAUAAAGAGUGUAAAAGGAACCUUUCAUCUGAAAAUGAUUUUAUAAAGAACAACCUACGUUGAAGAAUCGAGAACAGCGUCACAUCUUCUGUGUAGCUAGCUAGCUAGCUUAACGGCUAGCUAGCUAGCUAGUCAACUGCAUGGCCGAAGCCUCAAGUACAGGUGUAUUGGAACUGAAUCCAGAUUCCGCGGAGUUCGUUCCACGUGAGAGGCACAACCAGCACCAGCCCAGAAGAGGCAGGCCUAGGUCAGACCAUAACUGGAAACGAAGUGACCACCAUGCUACCAGUCAACAGCAGCGCCAUUUUUCUGUCAAUGAGCCACCCCACAAUCAGGAACACUAUGGAGGCCAGAGAAACCACCAUUAUUUCCAUGGUCAAGAAGAAGGCGCCAGAGGAAAGGGGCGAGGACGAGGAAGACCAAGCGGUGGUGGCAGGUCGUCCGGGAGCCAAGGCUUCCAAAACCAAAGAUGGCAGAGGCCUGGUAGCGACAGGGGUUUCCAGAAUGAAAGCCCCACUACCCCUUUAGGGGGUUACCAUGUGGAUGCCCCUCCCACUGACAGACCUGGCGUAGAUGGGCCGAGCUGGCGGAGAGAGAGUAGGAGGGACAGUAACGGCGGUUUGACUCAGGAGGACCGUCGAGAUGAUCCGCCUCAGAAGCCGAGGAAGUUCGCCCAGGAGCCCAGGCGAGGCGGGGAGGAGAAGGCUACGAGAAGGCCGCCCCAAAAGGAAACCCAGGACAGCCACACCACCGAGGCAGGCUGGGACCAAGGUCCCAGGGGCGCAGAGGCAACCACACGGGCGGAACCAGGAGCAAGAAACAGGACGGGAUGGAAGGCAGGGGGCAGGAACCCCCGCUUUGAACCCAGGAAAGCCCCGUCCUCCAGGGAGUGGCAGGGGAAUAGGCGUGACUCUCCUUGGGAGGAAACGGAGGCGGGCCUAGAAUCCUCUGCCCAGAGGUCUGCUCUCCCCACCCCCUGUGACACGACAGGCUUCAGUAGGGGGGAGGAGCCCAGCUGGAGGAGUGGGAGGGGCCAAGGGAGGCAGACACCAGUGCAGCAGGACCGGGGGCAAAGAAGGCUGCCAAAUUUGGACCGAAGGCGGGGUCAGAGCAAGCAGGUGGAGGUGCCCAAGAGCAAAGAGACACAGACAGGCCGCCUGAUCGAGCAGCUGUCUGAGGAGAAGUACGAGUGCAUGGUGUGCUGUGAUGUCAUUCGGGUCAUGGCCCCGGUCUGGAGCUGCCUGAGCUGCUUCCACGUCUUCCACCUCAACUGCAUCAAGAAGUGGGCCCGCUCCCCGGCCUCGCAGGCAGAGGAUGGGACUGAAGGAUGGAGGUGUCCUGCCUGUCAGAACGUUGCCUCUCGGCCCCCCAACUCCUACAUGUGCUUCUGUGGGAAGGUGACGAACCCGGAGUGGCGGCGCAGCGAGAUCCCGCACAGCUGUGGGGAGAUGUGCGGGAAGAAGAGGAGCGGAGCUGACUGCAACCACCCCUGCAACAUCUUGUGUCACCCUGGACCGUGUCCUCAGUGUCCUGCCUUUGUCAACAAAGCCUGCGUCUGCGGGAAAACAAACCAACCGGUGCGCUGCGGCCAGGCGGCCUCCGUCCGCUGUGGCGCGGUGUGCGGUGCCACGCUCAACUGCGGGGAGCACCGCUGCGCCGAGGUCUGCCAUGGCGCCGAGUGCCAGCCCUGCCCGCUGCUCACUCAGCAAGUGUGUUACUGCGGAGUGCAGUCGCGGGAGGUUGCGUGCGGAACGGAUCAGGAUAACUUUGACGGGGCCGGGCACUUCUCCUGUCAGAAGCUCUGCGGAAAGCAGCUGGACUGCGGGAACCACCGCUGCCAGCAGCUCUGCCACCCCGGGCCGUGCCCAUCCUGCCCCCGGCUGCCCGGGCUGGUGCGCAGCUGCCCCUGCGGGCAGACGCCCCUGUCCAAGCUGCUGGAGCUGGGCUACGCGGAGCGGCGCGGCUGCAUGGACCCCGUCCCCUCCUGCGGGAAGACCUGUGGAAAACCCCUGCCCUGCGGCUCCAGCGACACCAUCCACAUGUGUGAGAACAUGUGCCACGAAGACCACUGUGGACCCUGCUCUCUCACCUCCACCGUCAAGUGCAGAUGUGGCUUCAAAACUAAAGAAGUUCCCUGUACAUCAAUACAGAAUGAAGGUGAGCUUGUGUUUACCUGCGAGAGGCGCUGCAGCAAGAAGCGGUCUUGUGGCAGACACAAGUGUAAUGAGCUCUGCUGCGUAGAUAAAGAGCACCGCUGCUCCCUUAUCUGCGGCUACAAGCUCAACUGUGGCCUCCACCGUUGCCAGGACCCCUGUCACCGCGGCAACUGCCAGCCUUGCUGGCAAAGCAGUUUUGAUGAGCUGACGUGCUACUGUGGAGAAACGGUCAUGUACCCACCCAUACCAUGCGGCACCAAGCCUCCCGAGUGCAAGAACCUCUGCACCCGGAGACACGAGUGCGAUCACCCAGUGUUUCACAACUGCCACAGUGAUGAGAAGUGCCCUCCAUGUACCUACCUCACCGAGAAAUGGUGCAUGGGGAACCACGAGCAAAGGAGAAACAUCCCCUGCCACCUGACGGACAUCUCCUGCGGCCUGCCCUGCAACGGGCUGCUCCCGUGCGGCAUGCACCGCUGCCCCCGCAUCUGUCACCGCGGCGACUGCCUCGCCGAGGGCGGCUGCAGGCAGCCGUGCGCCGCGCCGCGCCCGGAGUGCGGGCACCCCUGCGCCGCGCCCUGCCACCAGGGCUCGCCCUGCCCACGCCUCACCUGCACGGCCAAGGUGGCGUUGCAGUGCGACUGCGGCCGCAGGAAGGAGACCGUCAUCUGUACAGAGGCUGCCAACUCAUACCAGAGGACUGCUGCCAUCGCCAUGGCGAGCAAGUUGUCAGACUUGCAGCUGUGUGAUUCCGUGGACAUCGGCCAGCUCAUCACCAAGAAAGAGCUAAAACAUACCAGGUUGGAAUGUGACCAGGAGUGUGCGGUCCUGGAGAGAAACAGGCAAUUGGCAGAGGCCUUGCAAAUUGACCAAUCUGCAGACCCCUUCAAUAUACGUGCCUCCUCCUCCAAGUACAGUGACAGUCUCAAGGAGGAUGCCAGAAAAGAAUUGAAAUUUGUCAGUGAGGUGGAAGAGGAAAUUAAGAACUUGGUGGAACUUGCAAACAAGGGGAAGCAGACGAAGAGGAGCCACUGUUUCCCACCUAUGAACAGAGAGCACCGCAAGAUCAUCCACGAGCUGGCUGAGGUGUACGGCAUCGAGAGCGUGAGCUACGACAGCGAGCCCAAGCGCAACGUGGUGAUCACUGCUGUGAGAGGGAAAGCGGCCUGUCCCAACUCGACUCUGACGGCCCUCAUAGAGAGGGAGACGGCAUGGAGAGCUCCACCGCCUAUCGCCCAUAUCAAACAACACAGCAGCAAGAAUGACGGUGGGAGCAACUGGCUGAAGGCAGUCAAAGAGGAGCCAACUAUCGACUACUUUGAUGUCCAGGAUUGAUCCUGGCCCCGAAUACAAAAGCUGGAAAUCCCAUGCACCAACAUCAAAUAAAACCAGAGAAUGUUUGCAA